AUGACUUCUAUUUCUGCUGGUGACGAUACCACUACGCUGCUUCCUGGCAGGAACCGAAGUGACCAUUUACUAGCAAGCUUCCUACCUUUGGAAACUCCGCUGGAGACCAUACCAUCGCUACCAAAAUUCCGCCCGAAACAUCUCAGACACCGACUUCCCUCAAAAGCUCCUCUGCAUAGGCGACUCUAUUCACCCUCUGCCCUGUCAACCAAAUCUUCAGUACCCAUCUUAACCAUCUAUAAGAUGGCUCCUAUCCUCCUCUCCAACAAUAUCCGUACUCCCUUCAGAUACUUGAAUCGCAUCAUCCACCUUCGCAAGGGCGAGGACAAGGGCAAAACCAGAGCCCAGCCCGAUCUAUCAUCAGCCCUAACCCGACUCUUCGCCAACUCUGAGAAUGACGAUGAGGAAUCGUCUAUCACCCACAUCACGGAGUCUACUUCCCAGAUAUGGGUCGAAGACCAAGAUCCAGCCCUCGUUGACUUACUCGCCACACUCUCCUUUACCAUAACGACCAGCACAUCCGACAGCUCUACGCUUCUUGCACUUCUUGCUUCUGCCCUCGACAUCCUAUCCACCUACGCUCAAAAUCACAAAGUCAAUACUCUUCCAAUCUAUACCGCCCUCUUGCGUCAUCUAGACACCUAUACCAGCUAUCUCAUCUGGGAUCAUGAGAUCCUUCUUACAGAUGCAGAAAUUAUCUUUACCGCCUCCAGUAUUCCAACCCCUAAACACCGGGACAACAUCAUCCUCCAGCUGGAAUCCGCAUAUGUCUCGAACUACGAGACGUGCAAGACGCUAGUAACUCGUCUUAAUCAACUAGUUGAUAUAGAGCUGAUGGAACGUGCGGAUUGGAUAUUUCCUCGCCAAAUUGGCUGGGUAGAAGUAAGGAGAGAAGUUAUAAGGCUUGAAAAGACUCUGAAAGAAAUCAGAUGGGCUGGCAAGUUGAAAGAAGUUGAAUACGUCAAUUGCUAA